UUUCAGCCUCGGUGUGUGUGAGAGUGUGUGAGUGUUUUUCUCGGCGGAGAGAAGUUGGAGGAGUUCGAGCUCGCGCUGGGAUUGUUCUGACCCGAACUGGAAUACACACACACACACACACACACUGGAGCGCGCGCGGAUACAUGGAUUAACGCACGGAUACACGAGAGUCUCAGCGCGCGGACACACACACACACACACACUGAUUCAGAUGAGGUAACACCCCCGGGUGUGUAUUCAGCAGAGGGAGAUGUGGUGUGUAUUGUUCCCCAACCUGCUGCUGCUGGUGGUUGGAACCCACGCCGUCAGUUUCCCUGAAGACACCGCACCUCUGGACAUCGUGGACAGACACUACUCCAGACAGUAUCCUGUAUUCCGAGGUCGUCCGUCUGGAAACGAAUCCCAACACCGACUGGACUUUCAGCUGAUGACCCGGAUACAGGACACACUGUUCAUCGCCGGCAGGGAUCAGGUGUACCUAGUGAGUCUUAGGGAGUCGUACAGGAAUGACAUCACUCCCUACAGGAAGCUGACGUGGAGGUCGAGUCAGGCGGACCGAGAGACGUGUGCGCUGAAGGGCAAGCACAGGGACGAGUGCCAUAACUUUAUUAAAGUUUUGGUUCCCAGAAGCGAUGAUCUUGUUUUUAUCUGUGGCACUAACGGCUUCAACCCCAUGUGCCGUUACUACAGGCUGGAUAAUCUAGAGUUUGAUGGAGAGGAGAUUAGCGGUUUAGCUCGGUGUCCGUUUGAUGCUAAACAGACCAAUGUAGCACUAUUUUCAGAGGGGAAGCUGUACUCGGCCACAGUAGCUGACUUCCUGGCCAGUGAUGCAGUGAUUUAUCGUAGUAUGGGAGACGGCUCAGCGCUGAGGACCAUCAAAUACGACUCCAAAUGGCUAAAGGAGCCUCACUUCCUGCACGCAGUGGAUUAUGGGAACUAUGUGUACUUUUUCUUCAGAGAGAUCGCAGCAGAACACAACAACCUCGGGAGGGUGGUGUACUCCCGUGUGGCGCGGGUGUGUAAGAGCGACCUGGGCGGGUCUCAGCGCGUCCUGGAGAAACACUGGACGUCGUUUGUGAAGGCGCGGCUGAACUGCUCCGUCCCCGGGGAGUCCUUCUUCUACUUCGACGUCCUGCAGUCGCUCACUGACAUCAUCACCAUCGACGGCGUUCCGUCUGUAGUGGGCGUGUUCACCACUCAGCUCAACAGUAUCCCAGGGUCAGCAGUGUGUGCGUUCUCCAUGCCGGACAUCGAGAAGGUGUUUGAAGGACGCUUUAAGGAGCAGAAAACUCCAGACUCCGUCUGGACUCCGGUUUCAGACGACAGACUGCCCCGCCCCCGACCGGGAUGCUGCGCUGGUCACGGAUCAGCAGAAUCAUACAAAAGCUCCAUCGAGUUGCCGGAUGAAACGCUGCAGUUUGUAAAGUUACACCCGCUGAUGGACGGCGCCGUGCCCUCAGUCCGAGACGAGCCCUGGGUCACUAAGACCAGAGUCAGGUACCGGCUGACGGCUCUGGCGGUGGAUAACGCUGCAGGUCCCUAUAAGAACUACACGGUGGUGUUUGUGGGGUCCGAGGCGGGCGUGGUCCUGAAGGUCCUGGCGAAGACGGCGAUGUCAUCUCUGAACGAGAGCGUGCUGCUGGAGGAGGUCGACGCCUUUAACCCGGCCAAGUGUGUGUCCAACAGUGAGGAAGACAGACGUGUCCUCUCCUUCCACCUGGACAGAGACACACACACUCUGUACGUGGCCUUCACCAGCUGUGUGGUGAGAAUCCCACUGAGCCGCUGUGAGAGACACCGAACCUGUCACAAGUCAUGUAUUGCAUCCCGGGAUCCGUACUGUGGCUGGAUGUCACAUGGGGCGUGUGAAAGGAUCCCAGCAGACGUGGACGGUGGGUUCGAGCAGGAUGUGGAGUUCGGGGAGACGGGGCGUCUCGGUGACUGUCACGACUUUAUGACAACCGCUUCAGCGCCAGGUUUCAAAUCUUAUGGCGACGCCACUUCCGCAGACCAGGAAAGCCCGGUGCUGCGGGUCACACCGUCCUCCGCCUCAGAACCCAAACGCUCCCCCCCCACCCCCCCCUCUCCUCCUCCGCGACUCCUCGACACGCGGAGAUCCGUUCUCCGUGACGAUUCGGAAACUUCCAGAUCUUAUGAAACGGUGAUGGAGGGUAUUUGGGAGAUCCAGGCGGCCGACUCCAACCAGCUGGUGCACAUGAACAUCCUGAUCACGUGCGUGUUCGCUGCCUUCCUGUUGGGGGCGUUCAUCGCUGGCGCUGUAGUCUACUGCUACCGAGACAUCUUCCUUCACAAGAGGGCGCGCCAAGUUCACAAAGUGCCGCACAGUAAAGAUGAGGAAUCUGCGCCGUCGCGCUCGGACUCCACCGGGAGCUUCACCAAGCUGAACGGCCUGUUCGAGAGUCCGGUGAAGGAAUUCCCCAGCGCCAUGGAGGAGGCCCGGAUAUACUUUAGCGGAGACAAAGAGGAAAAAAGUCCAGAAUCCAAAACCAUCAUCCUCAGCAGGCAGAACCCAGAGCUAGCAGCGCUGCCCACGCCCGAGUCCACGCCAGUGCUUCACCAGAAGGGGCUGCAGCCCAACAAGAGCCAGUGGGAGAGAGCGCAAGGAAAAAUGUGUGUGCCUCGGAAAGAAACUCCGCCCAAAAGCCCACAAAACCCCAACAUCCCCAGCGCAGUCGUGCUUCCAAACGCGACGCACGAGAAAACGGUCCCGAGUGGUGACACAGGCAGCGUCAAGUCGGUCCAAAAGGAGCGCCGGCGUUCCAUAGACGCAAGAAACACACUUAACGAGCUUCUGAAGCACCUUAAUGAGGCUAACGAGACCGAGGCCACAAGCGCUAACCCUAAAGCCAUCAUGGCCGACAUGCCUCGUCCUCGCCCACAACUGAUGCUCGAGCCCCUGGAGAACUUAGCAGAAAUACCACCUAAAGUCCCGAGUCGGGAAGCGUCACUUUACUCCCCGACGUCCUAUUCUCCGCCCUCGUCCUUUUCGGCUUCUUCGUCCUAUUCGCCGUCGUCCUCGUUGCCUCGGCACAGUCCCACCAAGCGCGUGGACGUCCCGUCCGUUCCCACGUCGCCCACUGGACAAAUGGGUACCCUCGACCGGCAGCGUUUCCACCGUGCCGGCUCCGGACACCGUCAUGCUGGAUCGCCGGGCGCCAUGGUGGCACGCCACUCCAGUUUCCGUGGUACCCUGGCUCCGCCCACACCGCCCUCCAGGAUGGACUCGCAAGGCAUUUCUAGGCAACACAGUUACAGCGGAUACGGAUCACUUCCUCGGACUUCUGUUAAACGAACGCCGUCGUUAAGGCCAGACGUCCCGCCCAAACCCGGAGGAUUCGUACCGCAAACGAGGCCCGUAAACAAAUACAGCUACUGAGCCGAGGACCAAUCAGACGCUCCGGAGAACACAAGCUGAUUGGCUCGGAUGAGGACAGUAAAAGAAACGCGGCUACUAGACGGAAUUAAACAGAGUGAAGGCAAGAGUACGAACAGUUACUCCAUAAUUUAGUAAAAUGACAGGUUUUAAUAUCGAGGGCAGGGCUUAGGGGAGGAAAAAACGUGAGGAAAACAGGAAGUGCGACCAAAACGCAUGAAGCUGCGAGACUCUGUGAGACGUGUAGCUCACAAAGCAGGAAAUGCCGACAAAUUGCAGACAAUAUGACGGAACACUGAAAGAAAUGAGCAAAACCAUUGACCUCCGAGGCGGCAGGGUCGUCUGAGGUCAAAGGUCAUGUGGGAUUAACCUGUAGCAGGAAUACUUGAAAUCCGUUUCUUGUUAACCAGCUUCGAUUAAAGACAAAAACAAAAACUUGUGACUGAGGAAAAAGCUGUGCAUUCGACCUGAGGAGUGGCGCGAGAUGUGACCAUCGUCAUGGCGACGGAAAAAGUUACGAUAUUACGGAGUUACACAACGCUUUGAGGGUGCGCUUACAGCCGGUGUCUCUCUAGCUCCGAAAAGGUUACCGUUGUCUAACUAAACCGUUAACAUUAUUGUGAGUGU